UGUAGGUUGAGCUGAAUGCGGUGAACGCCGAGCUGGUAGCUCUGAAAUGCCAACUUGCUGUGGAGUAGGAGAAAAUUUUGGUCCACUCGAAGGAGCUGGCUGGCCUUCGUGAGGAGCAUGAGCGGGCCAUCACUCGCUUGCGCGAGGAGUCGUUGUCGGCUCUUGUGAUAGCGAAGGAGAGCCAAGAUAAGGCAGAAGCCGCAUUGGAGAAACUGCAAGGUGACUCCAAAAUCCACAAGGCAUGUAUCAAGAAACUUGAGGGUCUACUAAAGGAUGUCGACCAGGCUCUGUAGAAGGCUUUCCCCCGGAUGUUUGAUCGUGACCUCUUGUCACUUGGCCGGGACAAUCGAUUCUCCUUCCAUUGGAAACGGAUGGAGGAGAUUGACCUUGCUUUAUGCAUGAUCUUCCAACAUCUUGCUCCGGGCGAAGUGCUUCCGCAUGAGUAUGAGGCCUUCCUGGGAGUACUGCAGGAUGUUCCCAUUGUCAUCGACUGGUGGAAGAGGUCAUCCUGUUAUGGCGGCAUUACUCGGGCCCUUGCGUACACUCACUCCCAUCACCAUGAUGCUGCAAUCCCAGCGAUAUGGCUUGGAUUUAUUGCGAUGGUAGCGAGGAGAGUCAGAGGGAAGCUGCUGCUGCCCUGGAUUAUUGCAAGGUCUUCAGUGCUCGCAUCCAGAGGGAAGUUGAUCUGGACUCUUUCUAUGCCUCAGAUGGCCCUCCGGAGGAUCUCAGCAACGAGGAGCUUCAGGUCGAUUACGCUUCGCCGACCCCUUUCGCUGCUGUUAGCAAGGGUCGCCUCUUCAACUCCAGGCUGAGGUUUGUCGGGGAGUGAGAGGACUUGGGCAAUGAAGCCCCCAAGUCGGAGAUGGAGUCGACUAUCGUCGCAACAAAUCCUACUGAAAAAAUGCUUAUUAAGAGAUAAACUUUAGCGUGCUCAGCCCCCUGUGUGUCACAUGUGCUCUGGUAGCUCAAACUCAUGUUCGUCCCCUUUUGAGGGGCUUUUAUUGUAAUAUGACUCGCUGGCUCGACUCGUUUGUGCGCGCCAUGUUUGGCAAGCUGCAAUGAUUUAAUCAUUUUUCACCUAA